AUGGGAUUUCCAUUGGGGCGGACAGACACCGGCUGCUGCUGCUCUGUCAACCCGGAGGAAGCGCUCUGCUGUCGGCUACCGCGUCCCGAGGAGCCGCCUCAGCUCUGGAGGAAUCUGCGACCCGGGAAGAGGCACUGUGGCUCGGACACGAAGGCUGAAGUGUCCCGCAGUCUGAGCUCCAGGAGCAAACAACGUGAGCUCAGCCGGGAGAGAGGCACUAAAGGCGGCUACAGAGUCCAGAGAUCACCGGUGUGUGGUGACCCGACACCCGAGCCAACUCCGGCCCACUCGGUCUAA